AUGCGGAACCUCGGGACUAAACUUAGUGAGAUUUACGACCGCACGGGUAAAUUGAAAGACUUGCAAGAUUCCAUUGACUUGGCUCGCACGGUUCUUGAGUCGAUUCCCGAAAGUGACCUCGGCUGGCUUUCUACACAGAACAACCUUGCGGUUCGACUCUUGAAAAGAUACGUGCGUCUUGAAAAUGAGGAGGAUCUAGAAGCCUCCCUCGCGACAGCUGACCGAGUUGCCGCGGCUACCCCAGAAGACGAUCCAGCUUGGGUAUCCAGGCACGCCAACCUCUCCGUCCAACUCGGUCACCAGUACUAUCAAACUGGAAGAUUAGAAGAUCUCGAAAAAGCCAUCAAUGUUGCGCAGAGAUUCGCGAAGUCCAUCCCGAAGGACCACACUGACAGAGCCCUCUGUCUGCGCGGCCUUGGGAUCCGGCUCAACGAUAGAUACUUGCGUACUGGGAAGCUAGAUGAUCUCAACGAAGCGAUUCGUGUGGGCCGAGAGGCCGAGAGCAUUACGCCAAAGGACGAAGGGGAUCUACCCACACUAUGGAGCAACCUUGGAAUGUGUCUUGGCAAUAGAUACUCCCGAACCGGCCUGAUGGAAGAUCUUGACAAUGCCAUUGGAAUAAUUCGCCAGGCCAUCGACAAACUCCAGGCGAUGACGGCGAACUCCGAGGCUCAUUUCGAUAUGGCUGGACUCGAGAAUAACCUCGGACUCCUGCUCGGCAAGAAGUAUGCGCGAACAAAAACAAAGGAGAUUCUCGACGAAGCUAUCUCUGCGGCUCAGAAGUCAGUACAGGCGGUCGCAGAAAACCACAUCGGGCGGCCACUCCUAUUGAACAAUCUCGGCCUGCGGCUCGGCGAAAGGUUCUUGUUAGAGAACAGAGUACAGGACCUUGAUGAAGCUGUCAAAUUGUCUCGCCAGGCCGUGGAGGCAACGAGAGACCACCCUUACCGCGCUGGAUGGUUCGUAAACCAUCGCAACUUGCUGGAUGAGAGAUACGCUCACACUCAAUUGGAACUUGACCGUGAGAAAGCUAUUCAAGUAUCACGCGACGCCAUGAAUGCCACAUCAUUGGACGACCCUGCUCGAUGUGCACUAUUGAAGGGCUUCGGAGACCAGCUUCUCAACAGAUAUCGGCAGGGUAAAAAAGCCGAAGACUUUUCCGAGGCGAUGGAAUGCUUUCGAACUGCCCUGCAUCAGGAGACGUCUCCUAUUAGUGACCGCAUAGCGGCUGGUCGCCAACUCCUCCUAUCUCCAACAACGAUGGAGGAAAGCCCCAGUCUAGACAUAGACAAGGCUGCUGAGGCUACUAUCAAUCUAGUUACCUUUCUUGCUCCCAAGUCUUUGCAAAUCACGGACAAGCAAUUUCUCCUUUGGCAGGUCGUUGGAUUCGCUUCAGAUGCGGCGGCUGUUGCGCUGGCUGUUGGCAAGGGGCCUAUCGAGGCGAUAGCGCGCCUUGAAAAGGGCCGUGGUAUCCUCGCAAGCUCUCUUCAAGAUCUACGCACAGAUCUCUCCCUGCUGAAGCAGAAGCAUCCAGAGUUGGAACGUUCCUUCAUCGACAUCCGAGAUACACUGGACGGAUCGUACCAGACUGAUCUCCUAGCUCGCGUCACGGACGAGUCCACCCAAGUCUUCCAGACCAAGGUCGACGAACGCCAUGAAGCCGACAAGCAAAUGUUGCUUCUCCUCGAGGAUAUUCGUGCCAAAGCUGGCUUCGAGCGGUUCCUCCUCCCGUUAUCUGAAGCCGAGAUGCGAAAGGCAGCAUCACAAGGGCCAAUCAUCAUCAUUAAUAUCAGCAUUUUUCGAUGCGAUGCUUUGAUCAUCGAGGAGUCUGACAUAAAGGCGGUUCCGUUAGUCCGCCUUGCUCGCCAAGAUGUCUUGAAUCGGAGCUCGCGUCCGCGGUCUCUUGAAACACUUGCCUGGCUCUGGGAUGACAUAGUAAAUCCGGUGUUCGAGGCCCUGGGGCUCAACAAGUCUCCUUCUGAAGAUUCCUUGAAGCACAUCUGGUGGAUUCCCACAGGGCCACUCGUCGGCUUUCCGCUUCACGCAGCAGGAUACCACCUGGAGCCCGGCUUCAAUACAGCACUUGACAGAGCCAUCUCAUCGUAUAGUUCGACCAUCAAGACAAUUGUACACAGUCGUGAACAGCCCAUACAGGAGAUGCCAGCCACAGGACGCGGCCAAGCUGUUGUCAUUGCCAUGCCUCAAACCCCCGGCCAGAAUCCACUUUCCAACGCCGAAGACGAGAGGAAAGAGGUGCACCGGAUUUGCAUAGAGAUGGGACUACAUUCAGUUCCACUCCAACCCUUCAGGGAUGAAGUCUUAUCGGCGUUGCAAGAUUGCAAGGUGUUCCAUUUCGCUGGACACGGCAAUAGCUGCCAGGGAGACCCGUUGCAGAGCCAUCUCCCACUCCAAGACUGGGAAGAAAGUCCCCUAACUGUGGAGAGGAUGAUGGGGACAAACGUCGGUUCCAGGUCGCCGUUACUUGCCUAUCUCUCAGCCUGCCGGACAGGCCAGAUACGGCACGAGGCAUCAGUGGACGAAAGUAUCCAUCUCAUGACUGCUUUCCAACUAGCAGGAUUCCGACAUGUAGUGGGCACCCUUUGGGAGGUCGAUGACGAGCAAUGUGUGUCCAUUGCCAAAUCGAUGUACGAGUUUCUACAGAAGAAUGGCAUACGUGACUCGUCUGUGAGUAGCGGGCUUCACCAAGCUCUCAGGGAGAGUCGGGAUGAGUGGGUGAAAAGUGUCCAACAUCGCCGAAGCAGCAACGUAGAGGAUGGCAGGGACAUCCAGGGGUUGGCAGGAAGUGAAGCCCUGGAUAUACCGCCUUGGGUUCCAUAUGUACAUUACGGAGUUUGA